AUGGCGAUGGGGAAGUAUUCUCGGGUAGACGGGAAGAAAUCAUCGAGCUAUGGAUUAACCAUUACCAUUGUUCUCCUAGUUUCCCUCUGUUUACUUGGGACUUGGAUGUUCAUGUCUGAUUCUGUUGGCUACUCAUCAAGUGAUACCGCAAAAGAUUUGGAGUCUUCUGCUACUAAGAAUGGCUUGAGAGAUGAAGAAGAUCCCAAGGACAACCAAGUGAAGAACGAGUCUGAUGAGGGAAACAAGUUGGAUGAGAGCUCUGGCGAGAAAACUGAGGAAAGAAAGGAGAAUGAUGAUGCAAAUGAGGAGAAAGAGAAGAAGAUUGUGAAAGAAGCAGAAGCUGAAAGUGAUGAAGCAAAGGAGAAAGAGAAGACGCAACUGGAAGAGAGCACGGAAGAAAACAAACCAGAGGGAACAGAAGAGAAACCGGAAGAUAGUGUUAGUGAAACUGACGAGAGUAACAACAACAAGAACACGAACAAGGAAGUGUUUCCAGCUGUUGACCAAGCUGAGAUUACAAAAGAGACGAGCACAGGAGAUGGAGCUUGGUCAACGCAACUGGCUGAGUCGCAGAAGGAGAAGAAGUCACAAGACUCAAGCAGCUAUGGAUGGAAGACUUGCAAUGUGACUGCUGGACCAGACUACAUCCCUUGCCUUGACAAUUUGCAAGCUAUCAAAAAGCUUCAUAGCACAAUGCAUUACGAGCACCGCGAGCGUCAUUGUCCAGAGGAGUCUCCACGUUGCCUUGUGUCUCUCCCUGAUGGGUAUAAACGGUCCAUCAAGUGGCCAAGCAGCAGAGAAAAGAUCUGGUACAGCAAUGUUCCUCACACCAAGCUUGCAGAGAUUAAAGGACAUCAAAACUGGGUGAAAGUGAGUGGUGAACAUCUCACUUUCCCUGGUGGUGGUACUCAGUUUAAAAACGGUGCUCUUCACUACAUUGAUUUCAUCCAACAGUCAUAUCCUGCGAUUGCGUGGGGAAACAGAACACGUGUUAUACUGGAUGUCGGGUGUGGAGUUGCUAGCUUCGGUGGUUACCUGUUCGAAAGAGAUGUUCUUGCUUUGUCAUUUGCUCCCAAAGAUGAGCACGAGGCGCAGGUGCAGUUCGCGCUGGAACGUGGUGUUCCUGCAAUAUUGAAUGUUAUGGGAACCAAAAGAUUACCCUUUCCUGGUUCUGUUUUCGACCUUAUCCACUGUGCUCGCUGUAGAGUCCCUUGGCAUAUUGAAGGUGGUAAGCUUCUUUUGGAACUGAAUCGUGCCUUGAGGCCAGGUGGUUUCUUUGUCUGGUCAGCGACUCCAGUCUAUAGGAAGAACGAGGAAGAUUCUGGUAUAUGGAAAGCAAUGUCGGAGCUAACAAAGGCAAUGUGCUGGAAGCUGGUGACGAUAAAGAAAGACAAAUUGAAUGAGGUUGGUGCAGCUAUAUACCAAAAGCCAACUUCAAACAAAUGCUACAACAAAAGACCUCAAAAUGAUCCACCUCUCUGCAAAGACUCCGAUGAUCAAAACGCAGCCUGGAAUGUUCCACUUGAGGCAUGUAUGCAUAAAGUGACAGAAGAUGCAUCUAAGCGAGGAGCGGCGUGGCCAAACAUGUGGCCAGAGAGGCUUGAGACUGCGCCUGAGUGGUUGGAUUCACAGGAAGGUGUUUAUGGGAAACCUGCACCAGAGGAUUUCGCAGCGGACCAAGACAAGUGGAAGACUGUUGUGGCAGAGUCUUACCUUAACGGCUUGGGAAUAGAUUGGUCUAAUGUGAGGAAUGUGAUGGACAUGAGAGCAGUCUAUGGAGGGUUUGCUGCUGCACUCAAGGAUAUGAAGCUGUGGGUGAUGAAUGUGGUUCCUGUUGACGCGCCGGAUACACUUCCGGUCAUAUUUGAACGUGGUUUGUUCGGAAUCUAUCAUGACUGGUGUGAAUCAUUCAACACUUAUCCAAGAACUUACGACCUCCUCCAUGCAGAUCAUCUUUUCUCUACCUUGAGGAAGAGGUGCAGUUUGGAGUCGGUAAUGGCUGAGAUUGAUCGGAUACUUAGACCAGAGGGAAUUUUGAUCAUAAGGGAUGACACUGUAACGAUAGAGGAAGUUGAGAAAAUGGUGAGAUCCAUGAAAUGGAAAGUGAAGAAGACGCAGUCGAAAGACAAUGAAGAAGGCAUUGUUUCAGUGCAGAAGUCAUGGUGGCGUCCUACAGAAACUGAGACAAUCAAAUCGGCUAUAGCUUAA